AAGGCCGAGGGUGGGCGUGGCCGACGUGGGGUGGGCCGCAGCCGACCGAGUCGGACCCGACCGUCGGGGCGCUUCCGGGUGUCACCUCCAGAGGGCGCCGGCCGCGGAGCCGUCCUCAGAGUCGCGAGGCCGGACGCAGCGCGGCGCCGACCCACUCGCCCCAGCCGCCGCCAUGAAGGCCGUGGUGCAGCGCGUCACCCGGGCCAGCGUCACAGUUGGAGGAGAGCAGAUCAGUGCCAUUGGAAGGGGCAUAUGUGUAUUGCUGGGUAUUUCCCUGGAGGAUACACAGAAGGAACUGGAGCACAUGGUCCGAAAGAUUUUAAACCUGCGUAUGUUUGAGGAUGAGGGCGGGAAGCACUGGUCAAAGAGUGUGAUGGACAAACAGUACGAGGUUCUCUGUGUCAGCCAGUUUACCCUGCAGUGUGUCCUGAAGGGGAACAAGCCUGACUUCCACCUGGCAAUGCCCACGGAGCAGGCAGAGGGCUUCUACAACAGCUUCCUGGAGCAGCUGCGUAAGACAUACAGGCCGGAGCUUAUCAAAGAUGGCAAGUUUGGGGCCUACAUGCAGGUGCACAUUCAGAACGAUGGGCCUGUGACCAUAGAGCUGGAAUCGCCGGCUCCUGGCACUGCCACCUCUGACCCAAAGCAGCUGUCAAAGCUUGAAAAACAGCAGCAGAGAAAAGAAAAGACCAGAGCUAAGGGGCCUUCUGAAUCAAGCAAGGAAAGAAACACUCCCCGAAAAGAAGACCGCAGUGCCAGCAGCGGGGCUGAGGGUGAUGUGUCCUCUGAACGGGAGCCGUAGCUCAGGAGGCAGAAUUCAGUGUGUUAUCAAUGGGCAGAACUGGAUCCUGAAAAAUUCAAGAUGCUAAGCACCUACGCUGCUUUAAGAAUUUGGAACUGAAACAUGAAGAGGAAGACAGAAAUAAGAAGUUGGUAACCUGAAUAGCUCUGCAAAAAACACCAAAGGACCGUUUUACCAUUUUCUGUUGUUGCUGUGGUAAAAUGAGGCAGAGGGCACUGCUGGUGGGUUGGGGGGUGGGGGUACACGUGGUAGAAGGCCACGUGCCUCCCUCGCAAAAAGGCUUUGUUGGUUUCUGCCACAUCUUGGCUUGUUUUUGGAACAGGCUGGCCCAGCAUCACUUGUCAUCAAGUCCACCGUGGUGUAUUCUGCGUGUCCAUGGCAGGGGGCUCUCCAACACACUCACACUGUCCAUGUUCUUUCUACUGCUGAUUCAUAAGUCAGGGUCCGUGUUGAGAUGUCAAGAGAGCAAUCAUCAAUGCUAAUGUAUUGUGUGAGACCUUUGCAUCUUGUAAAUUUUCUCUUUUUUCUAAAAAUAAUAAAAUCCUAAAUCUCAACAAACCA